CAGAGGGGCCUCAGCAGGGGAUUAAGGCCAAAGCCAUUGCACUCUUCACAACAGCAACUCACCCACUGACCGACUGACAGCUCCCGAUCUUGCUGUGAAGAUCCACACCGGCUAUAAAGGUUGAGGCAAACGGAUUUCUGUCCAUGAUCAUCCAGCAAGUUUAUCUUUGCAAGUGAGGUGUUUCUAAAAAUUGAGUUGGAAUUUUGGAACCAACAGAAGCUGACUAUUUGCUCAGACAAAAGUAGUUUUUUUUCUUCUAUUGACUCAACUAGAAUUUUUACCAAAACACAACCAGAGCCUUUUUUUGAGAAAUUCAAAGAGUUUCCAGGACUGGAAACCAAAGACACACGCUAACUCCAGUAAUUGCCACAACACAUCCUGCAAGGUUUUGUAUGAAUUGUCCAACAGCAUAGUAGAUUUCUACAGCAUUCGAAGAAAAAAAAAAAAAAAACUUUCUGGAAAACGUCCCUUCUGGUAUCCUGUGACAAUGAGUAGUGGUGGGACCACCACAGUUUCACCACAGGAGCCUCAGGCUUUCAAACGGGCAGUACGGAAGAUAAAAUGCGCCGCUAUGGUGGCUAACCUGGCCAAGAGCUGGCAGGGCUGGGCCAGUGAACACUCCGACAAGCAGGACGCCAUCCCGAGUGGCUGGAUGCCUUCAUCUGUUGAAGAGGUAGACAAAAAAGUACGUAACCAUGACGUCAAACUUACCGUCACCCCGCGUGUAUUCACGGCUGAUGACGCCAACGCCAGUGGGAGUAAGAUUCGGACCGGUUCAGUGACCAAGUCUGUGCAGCCAAAACGCAGCGAGUGCAGCAGCAGCGAUUUGGUCAACGCCAUCCGAGGCAGGAUGGAGUCGGGUCCCGAGGAGUGCAAGCCGUUCCUGGGCAAUGAGUCACCGACGCGCCGGCGCCAGAUGAGGGCGCUACAGGGCGCAGGAGGAGGAGCGGGUGGAGUCAUCCAAGACAGGAAGCUUUUGCUCCAGCAGGAGAAGAAGCUGGGGUCAAGGAGCAGCAGUGUUGACACAGAGGACAGCGGGCUGGGAGAGGAGGCCGGGCUCAGCGACAACAGCGAAGCAAAAAAUGAACACGGUGACAUCCAGCCCAAGAAACAGACCAACAGGCCCAAGAUUAAGAUUUCCACUGCGAGUGACAUCAAAAGCCGCUGGCAGCAGUGGUCUGAGCAGCACAUGGAGGGCCAGAAGCUCAACCCCUUCAGCGAGGAGUUUGAUUACGAGUAUGCCAUGGCCAAUCGCCUCCGCAAGGGCGACUCCGGCUACGGACGACCCAAAGACGGCUCCAAGACAGCAGAGAGGGGCGACAGGGCCCAGAAACACAUCCACAGGGAGAUGGAGGAGCUGGUGUGGAUUAUCAGAGACAUGGGGUUUAAGGAUAAAGAGGGGAGGAUCAUCAUUACCUUCGGCCGGCUCUUUGACCGCUACGUGAAGAUCUCGGAUAAGGUGGUGGGCAUCUUGCUGCGCUGCCGCAAACACAAGAUGCUGGACUUUGAAGGGGAGAUGCUGUGGAAAGGACAGGACGAUGAUGUCAUCAUUACAGUGAGGGACUGAGGACAGAUGUAAUGUCUUAUGAACAUGAACAAAACACAUGCAAACCCACCUGCACAUCUCCCACAUCAGCUCGUCAAGAGAAAUAAUGCUACCAAUGCUAACCGAAAUGCUACAUCAUACAAGAAAAAGGGAGGAAUGUUUGCAAGAGACAGAAAAAAAACACAGUAUGAUUAAAGAUAUUACACACAAUAAACAUGGAAGUCAAAAUCUGAAAGUUUAAAUGUACAUACAUUAUAAAAAAAAGAAAAAGUGUACACAGGUGGUGUACACAGGGAGGCCACAAAAAGACACACACACACGCACACGCACAACACACACACACACACACACACACACACACACACACACACACACACACACACACACACACACACACAGACUCCAGACUCAUUAGUUCGUCUCAGAUACCUGACAGGUCAUCCGAUGAAGGGAAGCUAUCUUUAGCAUGCUAACCAUGCUCGUCUUGCUUUCUAUGCUCCUACACGCUACCAUCCACCACAAUGCCUGCCAUGCCAACACAUUCUCACUCCCAGCGCGACAAAUAAGUGACGCUUUAUCACUUGCCUUUGGUGUUUUUUACCGGCGCAAAAAGUCUCUUUUAGCGCCUCAGUCAGACGCAGUGGGACUUUUGGAGUCAUUUUUCUACGCACUUGGUCGGGACUCUUGCCGUCACUUUUUGACGCUCUGGGGUCGGGACCGAUUUGGCGUCACUUUUCAACGUGCAGGGUAAAACCAUUUAGUUAGGGUUAGGGAAACUAAUUUGGGUGGAGUUAAGUUAAAUUUACUGAACUGGACAGUUUUAGGAAUACAUCAUGGUUGGGGUUACAAAAUGUGUAUGUAUAUGCCUGGUGUGGUCAACACAGACGCUAAAGGGUGAUUCUUUUUGUCGGUACCUGACGCUCAUAGCAAGUUGGGAGUGAGAAUGGGUUGGUCAUGCCAAUGUGUGCUUAUUGUGAAAUUAAGAUCGGAAGUAGAGAAGCUGUAAUGUGCUGCUGUUGACAGAGUUUGCGCUCUUGGUUCAGACUACGAAGCCUUUGUGUUAUUAUAUUAUUACCUUCAUAAUAGGCGCAACUCAAGUGCUAUGCUCAUCUUUUUGCCAUAAAUCAAGCCUCUAUUUUCUCAGGAGAUCUUACCCAGUGGCAGACAGAAAUGUGAAAGCGAGGCUUAAUAGCGAACCAAUCUAAACGCAGAUGGGGUCGUUAUUCUUUAGCCAUUACAUUGUGCAAUGAACAUUAACUUCAUUAUAAGUUAAAGCAAAAAACCUGUCUAUUGCAACUUUAACUGUUAUUUAUGUUUAGAAAAAAAGUAUUGUCUUUUGAGUGUAUCGUGUGAUGUUUUUGACAUAAAUGAUUGUAUAUUGAAAUGGGUUUUACCUAAUUUCAUAACUUGGUCUGGGUGAAUACUUAAUUCUGAUUGGCUGCAGGGUGUCCAUUUAUAAAGUCAUAUAAGACACCUACUAAGGAGUUCGGAUGAAACUGAAAGUUUACUGUUCCUAAAUGAAUGUGCUAAAUUAAAUGGAAAUCUAAAUA